AUGGAGGAAAGCGGAGGGACCGUCCGGCAGAGGCACACCACCGCCGCUGCCGACGCCGACGUCGAUGCCGACGCUUCGCUGGAGCGAAUGGGCAUCAAAUCCGAUCUCAACCGUCAUUCCUUUUCGAACAUUUCCAUGCUUGGCAUGGCGUUCGCCAUCGUCAAUUCAUGGUGUGCCAUUGGCACCACGGUCAACGCGUCCCUGCCAUCUGGCGGGCCCAGCAGCGCGGUGUGGGGCAUUGUCAUCGCCGGCAUCUUCAACAUGUGCUGUGGGGUAUCGCUGGCCGAGUUCCUGUCAGCCUACCCAACUGCAGGUGGCCAGUACCACUGGGCGGCCGUGGCCAGCUGGAAGUCAACCAGACGGGCCGUCAGCUACAUCACCGGCUGGAUUAACCUCGCCGCGUGGGUAUGUCUGGCCGGAGCCAACUGCCUGCUGGUCAGCGGAAUCAUCAUGAGCUAUGCCCAGCUCAUAAAACCAAGCUUUGACCCACAGCCGUGGCAGAGACUCCUGCUGUACAUUGCCGUCGACGUCAUUGCCUUUAGCUACAACUUGUUCGCCAACCGCUUCCUGAGCCACUUGAAUAAGUACAAUAUGUUCUUUACCCUGGCGGGUUUCGUCGCAAGCCUGGUUGCCAUCCUAGCGUGCGCGGCUCCAAACUUCCAAAGCGCCAAAUUUGUGUUCGGCGGGUUUAUCAACAAAUCUGGCUGGCCGAGUGGUUGGGCCUGGCAGCUGGGUCUGCUCCAGGGGCAAGUUUCUACCCUCAAGGAAGAACCACUCGCAUUCUCCGUGACGGCAUACGAUUCCACCAUCCAUAUGAUUGAAGAGAUGCCGAACCCCACCACCCAGGGCCCCCGGCUCAUUAUCUACGCCAUCGGGAUGGCGGUCAUCACUGGAUUUGGCUACAUCGCCGCCGUGCUCGCCGUGAUCAGUAAUAUUCCGAAAGCCAUCGGCGCCCCAGAACCACUUCUGGAGAUCUAUUACCAAGCCACACAGAACAAGGCCGGCAGUAUCUGCCUCAUGAUGUUUCCCCUUCUCUCCUUCGUCCUAUGUGCCAUCGACGACAUGGCCACCAGCGCCCGGAUGGCCUACGCCCUCGCGCGCGAUGGCGGCAUGCCCUUCAGCAGCCACUUCGCCCGCGUGAGCCCAACCUACGGCGUCCCUGUGGUGGGACUCGUCUGGUGCUUCGCAUGGGACAUCGUCUUCGCGCUCGUUUUCCUCGGCUCCAACGACGCCUUCAACGCCAUCGUUUCCGCCGCCGUCGUCUGCUUCACCAUCACCUACGCCAUCCCCCCGGGAAUCAACAUGCUACGCGGCCGCCGCAUGCUCCCCGAGAACCGUAGCUUUAAGCUCCCCACCGCCAUUGGCUACAUCUGCAAUGCCGCCGACGUCGCUUGGGCACUACUUACCACCGUCCUCUUUAUCUGGCCGACGUCUAGCCCGACCAACGCUGUCAAUAUGAAUUACUGCAUCGUCGCCUUUGGCGUUAUCAUCGUCAUCGCUGGCUCGAAUUGGAUCUUCAGCGCUCGCAAGUCUUACACCCCGCCGGCCCUUGAACUCGUCCACGGCCACGGCCACCAGACAGUUCCAACCCCGAUUGAGGCGAGCGAAUUGACGGAUGAAAGUAAAGCGGGUCAGAUAGAAGAGCAUGGUCUGCAAAAAACGGAGUAG